UGACGGAGUAUCUGCAGAAGGAUUCCACUUUUUCCCGCGAGAUGGCGAUGAUGCGAUCCAGUGUAGAAAACAUGUCGUCGGUUCUGAGCAGUUUCAUUCAUAAGGGAGAGAGCGCCUUCACGAGAGAAAACGUGACGGGCCACAUCCUGGUGAAACUUCGAGACCAGGACGAGAAAAUCAAGAAAAUGGAAAACGAAAACGCAGAAAUGAAGACCGAGAACCAACAGCUCAAGGAGGAUAAACAGAUGCUGAGGACGGAGAACGUGCAGCUCAAGGCCGAGGUCCUCCAGACGGAAGAGGAGAUGAGGAAAGUGAAGGAGGAAGUGAGAAAAGUCGAGGAGGACAAGCGCCAGUCCGACGAAGACAGACGAAGAGCGGAAGAAGACAAACGCAAGAUGGAAGACGAGAGGCGAAAGGUGGAAGAAGACCGGAGACAAACGCAGGAGGACAAGAUGAAAAUCUCCGAGGACAACCGCCAGCUGCUCGACCAAGUCCGCCAACUGCAGGAGGAGACCCGGAAGAGAGACAACGAGACGGAGGUCCUCCGCCAGAACCACAGGGACCUCCAGGAAGAAAACGAGAACCUGCAGUCCGUCAUCUCGAUCCUGGAGGAGGAAAAGGAGGCGCUGGAGGACAAGAUCAACGUCUUGGGAAGCGGCAAAAUGCGACCGAGGAGGGCGAGUGAGUGCGAGGAGCAAGAGUGGAAGUGGGAGGUGCAAGAACUCGAAGCAGAGAUCAAGGAUACUGGAGAGGAAAACGAGAAACUGAAGGGGACGCUGAAGAAUGAGAUGAGACCAAGCAACUGUGAGGCUCAUUUUUGCAAAGGGGCGCCUCGAAGACGCUUGAAGGACACUAUGUAUGAGGGUGUCCCUAUCCCAAGUUAAAACGAUGGCCCUACAACCCGUAUGGGUGUGACAAUGACCUCCUCGAGUGGCGGAUGGACCACGUUCCUGAAAGAGCAGCAGCAGAGUGUGCAAGAGGACUUCGGCCAGGCAGUGGGAAAUAAGAGAUGGCUUGGCGACGUCAAUUCUGUAAAACACUUGGUUGGACUCGAUAUUCUCCACAAGAUGACGGCCGCCGAGCCCAUGGUCCUCCGGCUGGAAGUGAAGGCCUUCGACGGGGCCAGUCGAUGGGCCGAGUGGGCACCUUCAGCGUCGCCCCAAUACAAGUUGACAGUAGGCGAUUACUCGGCGAACAGCACCCUAGGGGACCCGCUCACCUUCUCGAGGAAUAUCAGCGGGAUGGCCUUCUCGACGCUGGACAGAGACAAUGAUAAACUCUCGCUCGUAGACUGCGUGGAGUAUUACUCGAGCGGCGGCGGGUGGUGGUAUGCCUCCUGCUCGGACAUCAAGCCGACGGCACCGCUGACCUCCUCGGGCCGCCUCAACACUCUCAUGACGAUGUGGUGGACGACCUCGUAUCCGCAGUGGACCAGCCUGAAGGAGGUCAAGUUCAUGUUCCGGCCCAAGGAGAGGUCGGAGUUCUGCAUGUUGUGAGGUGACCUGAGGUGACCUUUCUUUGAUUUUUUAUUAUUAUUAUUGUUAUUAUUGAUAUCUUUGUGUUUUUUGAGGGGGUCUUUAUUGGACUUUGUGUUUUUUUUUAUUCUUUCUUUAUUUUAUUUUCUUGGAUUUUUUUUGU